CCAAAACCAACUCUUAAAACAAAUAGCAGUCCCGGAGAGGCCUCAGAUGCUUUUGGCAGCUAGCUAGCGUGGAUAGAUCAGGACCAGGCAGGGAAGCAGACAUGACAGCCGUGGGGGAACUGAUGCUGCUGGUGCUGGGGCUGAUGGUGACGGCCCACUGUGAGGUUAGGGCUAGAGACCCUGAGGUGGAGGAAGAGGACCAAGGCUUGCCUGUGGAGAGAGGAGGCUGGGAUACCCAGGGGGUGGGUGUCCACCCUGGACCUGGGAAGUUUGACAUCCCCCACCUGAGGAAUGGACCCCAUGGCCGCAGAACUGAUAUCCCUGGCUCUGCCCACCACCCCGUAAGGCACGGACCACAUGGGCAACCCCAUCAGGCUGGUCCUGGACAACACCCCCUGGGUCUGCUGCCCAAGGAGACUGCACCAGCACCAGGAGAGGGAGGGAGCUACCCAGCCCGCACCGGAAAUUGGUGUGCAUUCGUGCACCGCCGCAUUGAAUCCAUUGUUGAAUCCUGUGGCACAGAAAAAUACACCAUCAAGUCCCAGAGCCCCUGUCCCAAUGGCACGCCUGACUGCCAGCUCGUCAUGUACAAGCUCUCUACCCGGCCAGUGUACAGAGAGAAGCAAAAGAUCUUCACAGCCCUGUUGUGGAGGUGCUGCCCAGGACACGGAGGGGAGAACUGUGAGGAAACAGUGUCUGACCCUGUGGACCCUACGGUGGCAGGACGACCACAUUCCGGAGACACUGAGCCUCACCACGCAGGUGCACAGUCUAGACUCACCCACCAGGCUGAGAGAGAGCAGAAUGACUUCCAGGUGUCUGAGAAUCCUCUGUACGAACUCCAUGCCUCAGAGGCUGACAACAACAACAAACACACAGAGUCCCGAGAGUCCCCCUCAUACCCUCAACAGGCCCAGGAGCACAUCCCUCACCAUGGUUACGACCACCCCCACAAUCCUAACCACCACCAGCGGGAUUUCAACCAUGGAGAUCCAAACAGGGAUGAGGUAGAAGCUGUCCCUCUACUGCCCUACCAAGACUCCCAGUCUCCCCUCCCUCUGCUCCACAUGAUGGCCCUGCUGAUGUCCCAGCUCCAGCCCAUGUUGGAUGGCUUCAACCGCACCUUGGAGCACCUAACCCAGGAGGUUGAAGGUUUGUCCCGGGAUGUGGCUCUGCUCCGGAACUCUCAGUGGGAGGUAGAGGAGGCAGCCCUGCGCGGAGCAGGGGCUGGAGAGGGUCCCGAGGCCUUGGAGGCUAAGCUGGAGCAGAGUUUCCAAGACACCAAGGAGGUGAGGAGGGAACUGGAGAGACAGAGAGCUGAGAUGGCAGACAGGCUACACUCCCAGCAUGCCAUGCUGCACUAUAAUAUCACCAACUUCAAGACAGACAUUGACGGCAAGAUCAAACGCAACCACAAGAUGUUACAGGUUAAUCUCCAGUCCAUGAAUGCCACCCUGUCAGACAUGAAGCUGGAGCAGGACCAUCUGAGUGAAGUGCUCCAGAGGCACCUGACCAACCCAGGGGCCAGGAGAGAACCCAGCCAGGUCCAUCCCAGUCAGGCCCCGCAGCCUCCAAAGGACUCAGCAGUGUGGGAGGCUAUCGCCCGUCUGGACAACAAGGUGGUCAACAACACAGUGAGGGUAAAUGCCCUGGUGGAAGACCUAGAGAUGGCCAAUGACAACGUCCUGGACCUGAAGAGGGGCUUCCGAGACCUUGAGGAGAACAUUGCCCAGACGGGGAGGAACAGCCAGAUCCAGUUCAUGGAGACGGGCCUGGAGGUGGAAGCGGCAAAAGUAGCCGUGCUGAACCGCGUCAAUGAACUGGCCAGCAACCUGACCAUCCACUCGGAGCAGCUGCAGGAGAUGGAGACUGACAUGGACUACCUGUACACACAAUUCUACCAGAACGUCAGUGCUGCCGGAGACUGUGACUGCAAGGCAUUCACCGCCUCCUUCUCCCGUCUGGAGCAGGGCCUGACCAACGUCACCGAGCUGGCCAACGACAAUCGGCUGGCCCUGGAUGGAAGCACCGAUGCUGGGUCGGAGCACUGGGGUCCCUCUGUGGACGACGUCAUGGCCUCCCUGGCCUUCGAGCAAGAGAAGAGCAGAACUCUCCAACACAACCUGACUCAGCUGAUGACCUCAGUCCUGGGCAGCCACAGGGACGUGCUCAGCCUGCAGGAGAGCGACAAGAGGUUGGAGGCUGAGAUGCGCCACCUCUCCAGCUCCUUUUACUCUUUGUUGAAGGACGCCAUCCGCCACACUGAAGUGCUGGAGAUGCUCCUGGGGGAGGAGGUGAUGGGGUUCAUGGACUGGCCCCUCCACAAACAGGAGGCUCACUCCAUCCCCGCGCUGCAGAAGAGGCUCCAGCACAUGCAGCAUCAGAUCAGGGGCCAGAACCUCAGCCUCACCACCCUGCUGGAGGCUGCCCGGGCAGAGGAAGUCCCAUCCUCAGACGAGCCCUCCAUGCUAGUAGACUUGGCCUCCCGCGGGCUGAAGAGGAGGAGUGGAGAUCAGAGGAGUGACCACCUCAUGGACUCAGCAGCCUCUGAGGACCGGCAAGACUACUCGGACAGUGACCUGCGGAGCCUUGAGAAAGCAGUGGAGGAGCUGGGGGAGAAGGUCAACAGGCUGGAGUACAGGCCUUGCCCUGCCAGCUGCAACAUCACCAAAGACAGCACCUCUGGUGGUGUGGAGGCCAAAAUGCAGGUGGAGGUGGCCUGGCUGAGGAAGGGUCUAGAGAAUCAUCUGCGGCUCUUUAAGAAUGUCUUCAGUAACUCAGAGGGGCUGGCCGAAUCAGAGAGCACUCUGGACCUGGACCAGCUGUGGGCCCUGAUGAAGAGGAAGGAAAGGAAGAGAGAGAGGAAGCGCAAGGACAAGAAAGAGGGGAUAAAAGAUCAUAUUAGAGAGCGCGCUAACCUUCGCAGCAGGAGGGAUACAUCAGUUCUAUCCAAGCUGAGGGACAGUCCCCUGAUGUUUCUGGCCAGAAGCAUACAGCUCAGCAGACCAAGUGACAGCCUGCUGGUGUCGGGGGACACAUCCCAAAACCUCGGCCAGAUGUACUCCACUCACACUGGGAUGUUCCAAGCACCUUUAGCAGGGGUCUACCUCUUCGUGCUGACAUUGAACUUUGAAACUGGUCCCUCGCUAUCUGGGCUGAGGAGAGAGAAUGGAGAGCUGGCUGCCACUCUGCAUCAGGACAAGAUGGCAUCGUAUGGCCCCGUCACCCGUGUGUGUCUCCUACAGCUGCGGCAAGGAGAGGAGCUCCGCCUCGAACUGUUGGGAGGGAGUCUGGUGACUGAUGACCCUAACGACAACAUCUUCGCUGGGCUUCUCCUUCAUCACACCACCUGAGGGAGCUGUGGCCGGUCUGCAGUCAAGAGGAGAGACGUUGGACUGAGCGAAAUCAAAUCACUAGACUAACAGCUGCUAUGCCAUCCGUGUUUCGAUCUCUUACAUUGAUACUGGGAGGAGCGUAUAUAAAAAGGUUGAGUGAGUAUAAA